UUAACGAACAUUUUUAUUUUUUUAGGCUUAAAAAAACACAGCAUAGAGUAACGGACCUUCGUCGAAUGUGCCCAUAUGUUACAUGUGUGUCCAUAUGUUACAUAUGUGUCCAUAUGUUGCAUGUGCGUGUGCCUCAUCUGAUUACGCCGACCCGUAGAAUUUAUAAAUAAAUAAAAGAAAACAAUAAAAAAAGGUAAACAGACACUUUUUAACGUAAAAAAUUGAUAAAAUCAAAGGAAAUUCAGACCGGUUAACAAUUAAAAGUAAAAAUUUUUUCAAGAGCAACAAUUUGGUCGUGUGAGAGGAUUUUUGGCAGUGUUGGAGUGCUCGCUCGAUACUACAGACUCGAUUUUUUCGUUUUCUCGCCAAAAUUCAAGGAAACCAGUCGCAGGAUGACGUGUAACUCAGGAUGUCAGAUGCUGGAUCAGCGUGUUGAUGAGUGGCUAAAAUGGGAUAAAAAUGACAAAACUCGCAAGGAAAUUCAAGAUUUGGUCAAUGAAAAAGCUUGGGACGAACUGAAAUCGCGACUAAAUGAACGUUUGGCAUUCGGCACUGCUGGAUUACGUGGCAAGAUGCAAGCCGGGUUCAAUGGGAUGAAUGAUUUGGUGAUUGUUCAGACGGCACAGGGGCUUGUCAAGUGCUUGUUCGAGAAGUUUCCGCAUGAAGAGGUGCGUGAAAGGGGAGUUGUUAUUGGAUUUGAUGGUCGUCAUAAUAGUAAGAGAUUCGCUGAAUUAUCUGCAACAAUCUUCUUGGCUGAAAAGACGCCCGUUUACUUGUUCCACACAACCGUUCCAACGCCCUUCGUCCCAUUUACGGUUCUCGAAAAACGCUGCGUUGCCGGCAUCAUGGUAACUGCCUCGCACAACCCCAAAGAAGACAACGGCUACAAAGUUUAUUGGAGUAAUGGCGCUCAAAUCAUGUCGCCGCACGACAAAGACAUCCAAAAAUCAAUUUUGAACAAUUUAGUACCACUCGAAAGCUCAUGGGAUCUCACACGCUUGACAUCUCCUUUGGUAAAAAAUCCUUACGACGAAAUUUUAUCCAGUUAUUGCUCGAAACUCCGUCAAAAUAUCCCAAAAACCUAUUUUGACUGCAAUUCCAAGUCGUCUCUCAAGUUCGUUUAUACCGCAAUGCAUGGCGUCGGCUAUCCUUACGUCGUGGAAGCAUUUAAAGCUGCUGGAUUAUCAGAAGUUCUGCCAGUUCUCGAGCAACGUGACCCAGAUCCGGAAUUUCCAACGGUUAAAUUCCCAAAUCCCGAAGAAGGAAAAUCUUGUUUGAACUUGUCGAUCGCGUUGGCAGACAAAAAUGAGUGUUCCAUCAUUUUAGCGAACGAUCCUGAUGCUGAUCGACUUGCUGUUGCGGAAAAAAAUAACAAAAAUGAAUGGCGAGUGUUCACUGGAAACGAACUUGGAGCGUUGCUCGGUUGGUGGGCCAUCCAAAACUUUAAGGAAUUGAAUCCAGAUAAAAGUUUGGAUAAUUGCUACUUGCUCGCAAGCACCGUAAGCUCGAAAAUAUUAAACGCAAUUGCCAAAGUUGAAGGUUGUCACUUUGAAGAAACACUCACGGGAUUCAAAUUCAUGGGAAAUCGAGCGAUUGAGUUGAUCAAAGAAGGCAAAACGGUGUUGUUUGCCUUUGAAGAAGCGAUUGGCUUCAUGUUUUCCUCAACUGUGUUGGAUAAAGACGGCGUAAGUGCCGCGGCGCAUCUCGCAACGAUGGCUUCCUACUUGAAACAGAAAUUUAAUCGAAAUUUAUCCGAGCAACUUGACGAAAUUUACAAAAAUUAUGGAUUUCAUUGCACGAAAACGUCGUAUUAUUUCUGCUAUGACCCGAAUAUUACCUUUAAAAUGUUCCAAAGGAUUAGAAAUAUCAAAAAUGACGGAAAAUAUCCCGAAAGUGUCUCGAAUGGCAAAUACAAGAUUGCUGAAAUUCAUGACAUAACCACGAAAAAAGUUGUUAGAUAUUCCAACGACAAUGGAGCUCCUGCCAAGGUCAUUUACGGCGUUGAUUUAAGUCCCUCAGCGAAACCUGUUACUCCAACUGUCACUUCGUCCCAGAUGAUCAUCUUUACUUUCGAAAACGGGGUCGUCAUAACAUUACGAACCAGUGGCACGGAGCCUAAAAUUAAAUAUUACGCUGAAAUGUGCGCCAAACCAGGAGACAGUAACUUUGGAGCCCUUCGAGAGACCUUGGAUGACGUCAUCUCUUGCGUUUGCAACGAAUUCCUGCAACCAACGGAAAAUAAUUUAAAACCCAAAUCCGAUUAAAAAUUAUUUUUUAUGCUUUGACUUCAACUUUGACCAGAAAUACGUAAUUUUCAGCAGUUUUUGACGAAUUAAAGCCUCCUUCGUUGAAAAAAUUUAAAAUUAAAACACAUUUUUUUAUUAAAAAUAUAAUUUUUACACAAAUUUGACACAAAUUUACCAAAACUGAUUACAAAAAAAUUAUUUCUACCCCUUUU